GCAAAAUGCGCAAAAAGACAAAAAUAACCGAACUGCCCACGUUCCAAAGCACGUCGUUUCGGCCGAAAUAAAAUCGCCGGAGCCUGUCGGGAUAAGUAGAUCCCGACGAGCUUCGACUGUCUCGAAUCUCCUACUCGCACUCAAUAGCCGUCGGAGAUGACUGUGUCCACAGUAUGGCGUUGGCGGCGAGGUUUCUUCGCCCGAUUAGGGCAUCUCUAGCUGCUUCGAGUCCUUCUUCCACGGCCCUUUCUCGCUCUAACCCCCCAGUUCGUCGUGCCAAGUUAGGGAUUUUGAAGGCGUGGUUUGAGGGGAUUCAGCCCGCAAUACGCGAUCAUCAGGCUCCCCAGUUCAGCUGUAAAUUCUGUAUUCGUACGCUGUGUGCGAGGAGCUUUGGCAGAGCAGGAAGUAAAGUGGGAACAUUUAUCAGUACUUCAGUUAUAAUUGGAUCAGUUCAUCCUUGGCCGCACUUUGCAUUUUCCCUGGAUGGUGAAGACACUGUGAAAAACGAUGAACAGGCGAAAAUGUGCGAUGAGUCCAAUCUGGAAGAUAGUCCCAAGGCCUUUUGGACCCUUGCUAGGAAACUCUGGCUCCCCAUCUUUUUCCUUAUUACUGUCUUGUUGAACUGGGACCAUCCUAUUGAACUUGCAAUGAGAAGUCUUCUAUUCCUUCUCAGCACAAAGCCCAGUCCUUUGUCAGUUUAUCUUCCUAUAGAAAAGCUGUGUAGUCAAUCUAUGCAUCAAGAUUCUGACCUGUACAGACUAAAGUCAGUAUGUGCCAAGAAGGUCGAGGUUCAGGACUAUAAGUUCUUCUGCCUCGCAAAGAUUGAAUCAACUGGUCAGAAAUACAUUCUGGUUGGAAUUCUUGGUGGUUGGUGGCCUUUGCAAUCGUUUCUAUGGGAGGGAGCUUCUUUAACCGUGAGACAUAGAGACUAGAAGAAUGGGUGAUUAAACAUAGAGAUACGAGGGGGAGCAGAAAAUUUCCUUUACUUAAACAAAAGCCUUCAAGUGAUGUGGCAUACUCGAGGAUUGCUUCGUGUAGGCGAGCUCCAUCAGGAUAGGUCCUGCAUAGUUCUAUAGCACCCGGUACUCAGCAAGCUAAAUUGCGGGCGGUCGAACAUAAUCGAGACAUUUUCCUGGUUAAUCAUUCCAUGGCUUUCCACUUCCAGUGACAGUCUGAGAUGGUUAUACAAAUCCCAAAUUUAUUAACGCGUUUUGAGAUUUAUUAAUGUAGUGAUGAAAUUUGCUACCAUGAAAUGACAACACAAUUGAAGAAUCACCUAUAGAAAAACCAUGAUUUCACUUCAUGGAUUUGUAUAAAAUAAUCUCAAGAUCGUCUGUGGUGGAGGAAGGAUUAUAGCUCUUGUCCUUGGCUAUGUAUUCAUUCAGGGAAACUAUAUUCUUACAAA